AUGUUCGACACCAUUUGUACCCUCCCUCUCAAGUCCGAUAUUUUUGCCCAAGUCGUCCAUCCCACGGAACCAGUGUUUGCGAUCGGCUUGUCCUCAGGACAUGUGCACACCUACAAACUCCCCUCCGACUCCGAGGUCAUUGCGGAUACGUCAGAAGAUAGCGCCUCACCGCCCUUGAAACCUACGAAUUCCAAUGGCUCAAUAAUACCUUCACUGCGCAGAUCUUCCACGGCCAGUCUCUCCGAGAGCGGACUCGGUUCACUUGACACGGUGUGGACGACUAGGAGACACAAAGGAUCAUGUCGAUGUCUUGCAUUCAGUCACGAGGGGGAUCUAUGCUAUUCAGCAGGAACAGACGGUCUCGUCAAGGCUUUUUACACGGAAACUGGCAAGGUUGUGAGCAAAAUUGCAAUACCCCAAACUGUGGGAUCGGGAGGGGUUGAUGGGCCAACCGUCCUACACGCGCUAUCGCCGCAGGCUUUGCUGCUGGGUACCGACUCGGGUAAAUUAUAUCUCCACGACUUAAGGCAGGAUUCAAAAGAAAUCGUGGCAAAAUGCAGUCAGAACUGGACACCUCAUGGCGAGGAACAUAUCAAUGGCCUUGUUCCGCUUCCCGCAAGCGAGACCAGCACAAGUGGAUUCCCGAAACAGUGGGUCAGCGCAGGUGGCACUACCCUUGCCGUGACAGAUCUUCGCAAGGGCACUAUCGCAACGAGUGCGGACCAGGAGAUUGAAUUGACGAGUUUGACCCUGGUGCAAGGCCUCAAGAAAGGGGGGACCAGUGUGGGCGAGAAAGUCCUGGUUGGUCAGAGUGACGGAGUGCUGAGUCUGUGGGAGAGAGGUGUAUGGGGAGAUCUUGACGAACGAAUCGUCCUCGAACGGGGCGGGCUGGGCGUGGAUAGUCUCGCUGAAGUGCCUUUUGGCUUUGGAGGUGGAAAACUGAAAAUGAACGAGAAGCUUGUGGCUGCGGGUCUCGAGGACGGCAGAAUUCGAUUCAUCAGAAUUGGUCGCAACGGAGUCUUGGCCGAGAUGGAUGCCAAACACGACGAAAUCGAUGGUGUCGCGGCCAUCGGCUUCGACAUCGAAGGGCGAAUGAUUACUAGUGGCGGCCAAACAGUCAAAGUAUGGACAGAGGCGAAAGGACUUCCGGGUGGGGGGCGGCCCUCUACUACUAAGCAUGAAAUAUCAUCCUCUGAAGAUGACGACAUCGACGAGUCCGAUUUGGAUGAAAGCAGUGACGAAGACAACCAAUCAAAACCGAAAAGGAAGAAAAGGAAGAGGAACAAGGGAAAGGAUAAAUCCGGAGGGAAGGCGUUGGAUUUCUCACUAUGA